AUGCCCGAGGACGAUCGCAAGCGCAAGGCUGAAAAGCAGGAAGACGACAACAAGAAGAGGAAGAAAGAGGAGGAAGAAGAGGACGAGGGGGAGGGUGAAGAGGAGGAGGAAGAAGAAGAGGAGGGAGAGGAGGAGGACGAGGAUGACGACGACGACGACGAUGGCGACGCUCCUCAGAAGGGAGGAAAGAAGAAGGAGAUAGAUGACGAUGAGCUAGCAGGAUUAAAGGCUGAUGCUGGAGAAAUCCUCGAGCCCAAGAAGGGAGCAAGGUACGCCAUGCGAAGCAAGGGAGGCCAGAAGAAGUACGACCUGUCAAGCCUCAAGGAUGAUAGCGAUUAGAUGAAUCUUGAUGCUUUCCUUAGCAUGUGCGAACAAAUCCAUUCUGUAAAUUUUGAUCGCUACCUCUCAUUCAAGUUUAUUCGCAUUAAAAUUUUACAUCAUUGAGCCAACCUAUUGCUGCCGGUGUUGCUGAAAGCUAAUGGAAUCUUAUCCCUUGACUACCCAGUCACUUGUUUGUUGACACAUGUUUCUGUACCAAAUUUGUAGAUAUCAUGGCUCGGCCUCGUUAGAAGCUUCCUCCAGGUGUGGAAAAAGCAAAGGAUGCAGCUCCGCUCAAGUUUACAGCCCAAUAUCGAUAGAUCAUUGAGUUCCAAGCCGAUGCAUGUAACAGUUGAUCUCUGUCUGCAACAUACUCGUGAUUGUAAAAACCAAGAUUGCCCUUGCUGUGCGGAAAGGUCGAGUUGUCUGAAAGGUCUCUCUGAUCUCGCAUGCUCACGGUAUCAUGAUGUCGUCCCUUCUGCUCUGCUUCAUUUCAUCCUCUCCUUUCGCUUCUCCCCGCACACCCUUCUCCUCUCCUCCUCUCCUCCUCUCCUCCUCUCCUUCAUUGCC